AUGAUACAACCAUGCUCAGUAGAGCAGCUCAUACUGAUUCGAUUAAAUCAGUUCUGUCAAACGUUGGAUUUACUGAGACGUCAAAACGUUGUGCACUAUAAAGAGAAUCAAGAAGAAGAGAUUCCAAAACCGAAUCACAUUCGCUUUGAUCGAUUCAUCGAAGACAUAGAGCAAAACAUUUCGAAAAUGAUCGCAAACGCCACCGUUCCGCGAUUGGCCACCGCGGCCGCCCAGGCUCUACAGCGUCGUACGUACUUUUCGGUAUCGAGCAGCCUGCCCCAAGUUCGCGUUUCGUUCGUGGAAAAGGCCGCCCAUGGUUUGGCCAUCUUCGGCGGCGUGAUUGCCUACCCAAUCUGGGUGAUUUCUCACGUCCGUGAGUACAAGGGUGGCAACUAAAAAGCUUAGCGAUGGAACAUUCUAGUGAUACCGUAACCUCUGCGGGCCGUAAGAUCCGGCAAUGUGGGUUAGCCUGGUUCAAUGAUACGCGGGCGAAAAGCUGUUUCAGUGAACUCUGUUAAUCUUGAUAUGAAUAAAUGCAUGGGCCACACUUGCGG